AGAAACCAGCUAUGUAAAACUCAUGCAUGGAAGGAGGAUCUGCUGCCCACCAGUGUCAUCAUCACAUUCCACAAUGAGGCCCGCUCCACCUUAUUACGUACAAUCACCAGUGUGUUGCUAAGAAGUCCUCCCAACCUGAUCCAGGAGAUUAUACUGGUGGAUGACUACAGUGAUAAACCCGAUGAUGGACUGGAGCUGGCACAGAUUCAGAAGGUCAAAAUCCUGCGGAAUGAGAGAAGAGAAGGCCUGAUGCGCUCCAGAGUAAAAGGUGCGGAUGCUGCCACAGCCCCCAUCCUGACCUUCCUGGACAGUCACUGUGAGUGCAACCAACACUGGCUGGAACCCAUGCUGGAGAGGGUCAUGGAGGACCGCACCAGGGUUGUAUGUCCCAUUAUCGAUGUCAUCAACAUGGACAACUUCCAGUAUGUAGGAGCAUCAGCUGACCUCCGAGGAGGCUUUGACUGGAACUUGGUCUUUAAAUGGGAUUAUAUGACAGCCAAUCAAAGGAAUGCUCGGAGGUCAGAUCCGAUUGCACCAAUCAGAACACCCAUGAUAGCUGGAGGCCUGUUCAUGAUUGACAAAUCGUGGUUUGAUGAGCUUGGAAAAUACGAUAUGAUGAUGGAUGUGUGGGGAGGCGAGAACCUUGAAAUUUCCUUCCGUGUGUGGCAGUGUCAAGGCAGUCUAGAAAUCAUCCCCUGUAGCCGUGUGGGGCACGUGUUCCGCAAACAACACCCCUACACCUUCCCAGGGGGCAGUGGGAAUGUCUUUACAAGGAACACCCGGCGAGCAGCAGAGGUGUGGAUGGAUGAGUACAAGGAGUACUAUUAUGCAGCUGUACCCUCAGCAAGAAAUGUUCCCUUUGGAAACAUCCAGAGCAGGCUGGAACUGCGUAAGAAGUUAAGCUGCAAGCCAUUUGCUUGGUACCUUGAGCAUGUGUACCCAGAACUCAGGAUCCCAGACAAGAAGGAUGUGGCAUUUGGGGCCCUGCAGCAGGGAACUCUGUGCAUGGACACACUGGGCCAUUUUGCUGAUGGUACCGUGGGUGUGUAUGAAUGCCACGGGAGUGGUGGAAACCAGGAAUGGGCCCUAACAAAAGACAAGUCUAUCCGCCAUUCAGACCUGUGUCUGACUGUGGUAAACCAGAAUCCAGGAGAGCUACUGAAACUACAUGGCUGUCAGGAAAAGAAUACCAAACAGAAAUGGGAGAAGCUGGAUAACAACCGACUGCAGUUCAUGGGCAGCAGUCUGUGCAUCGACAGCAAGGUACACAAGGAGAAGGGCCUUACUCUGGAAACCUGUGACUCUGGCUCCCUCACUCAAGUCUGGAAAUUCACCCUCAACAACCUGAAACACCACUAGCACAACGGUACCAUGGAUUGGAACUGCACUGUCAUGUAUCUACUGUAAAUGCCAUAUCGUGUGGAGCAGCAAGUGAUGUUAUAGUCACAUACCACAUAGCUUAUAUAUCUGCAGUAAGAGGUUGUUUAAUAAGACGAUAAUUGUAGUAUACAAGUUAAUGUUUCAGUUUCUGAAGCAUGAUCCAAAGCCCAUCUGUGUUUACUAUAGCUACUCAAGACAUAAAAUUCCAAGUGUGACCAUGGAUUAAAAAUCAUUUCUAGCUCCAUGGUGUGACGUCUAGCAAUAUUCCAGAACUGAUAAAUGGAAUUAAGCUGCAGUGAUUUGGGAAAGCAACCACAGAAGGCAGGAAAUGUAUACAUUAUAUAGAGUUAUAGAGUGGUGCAUAGUAGGACAAGGUCAAAUGAAGAUAUCUAAAGACUAAAAUUUUCAACACUGUUGCCGGGACAAGUUCUAAGUUCUAGAACUUGUAGUCAAGCUUAGGAGUGUUUGAAGUAUCUCAGUAUCGUAAAGUAUGCUACAUACAAGUGGCAAGAAGCAUUGUGGGCUAAUAGAAUAAGUAACUUAGAAUGCUUACUUUUAGAGUUGAGAGGGUGAUUGAAAAAAAUCUACAAUUCACUUGAAUGAAUUUGCUGCAUUUCCACCAUUUGCUGAGGCCAGAAGUAUAUAAUGGCCAAAAAUAUCAUAUCACCUGAUUUUUAUCUUCUCAAGUUUAUGAAGAAUUCAAGGGGGAAGUCAAAGAAUGUAAAGAACUUUAUUCUUGAGGAUUAGAUUAGAUUUGCAGGAUUUAAUUGCCCUCUGUGUCCUGUGUAUACAUCCAGCUUAAUGCCAUCAUGUAACUUAUGCAUGGUUAUGGACAGAGCCAGUUAGCAAUAGGCCAACUAGAGCAGCCAUUAAGAGUGUGAAAUUUUAACGUUUGAAAAAUUUGAUAGGCAGGUGACUAUUACUUAUUCCAUGUCACCAAUAUGGGCUAUUCCAUUUAAAAAGGGUGAAUCCUCUCCCUAUGAAAUGGAAGUGUGUACAAACUCCAUUCUUUUGCUGAGAAAGGUUUUAAAAGGAAAUUAUGUAUAGGAUAACAAUGAAGAAUGGAAUGUUGAAGAUUGACAGGUUUGUAAAAAUUAAGAUAAGGGAGCUACCAUACAUUUUCUAAAAAUCUAUGUCAUGCUUUUUACUUGGAAUAGUUCAAUUCUUGAUGAGACAUCAGCUUUUAAAUGAUCUAAAUGUUGUGUACUUUCUUUGACUUAAUCUCACUUAAGCAGAGCUGUAAAAUGUAUUUUUGUUUUAUAUAUGCAAAUUUUAGAAAAUUUGCAGAUCCUUCCAUGGAGAGACUUGGUGAAUUAGAACAGGUGAACAAGCAAUAUAAGUGUAAUUUUUAAAGGGUAACAGAGGACAUUAAGAUUGUAGUAAAUAUGAAUGUCUGUGUCUUGUGUAUGUACAUGUAUUUCUAGAUGUCUCAUUUUUACCAAUGCCAUGUACCAAUCUGAUAGCUGAUUUGUUUUAAAGGAAUGCUACAUGUAAGCAACAUAAGGAAUAACAGCUUCCCAUGCAGGUGUGACAGUUUGUUCUAAAGUGAUGGUCUGUAAUAUUGCACUCAUAUUUAACUGGUGCUCUAACCAACUUUAGCUCUACAUUGUCAUGUAGACUCCCUUACAUGUAUGUCAUGAAAAUGUCAAUGUAUAAGAGGCUGACUUGACUUUCUAGUCUCUAAAGUUUUUUGGGACACUUCUUUUGGAACAAAUGUGAUCAGAUUGGCUUGGUAUGCUGUAUGAUAUGUACACAUCAAAGUACUCCGUGCCUGGUGCUGAUACUGUCAUCAUAACUUCAUAUAGAACUUCAAGCUAGAAAAAAAGGCUGAUUCAAGAACAAUUAUGUAUACAUAGUACCACUGCAGACAUUAAGUACAUUUUUGUACAUGCUGUGACAAGUUGCAUCAGGAAUAUAAAACAACAACACAGGAUAUAUUGCAUAAGUGAGCAGUUUCCAAUACUACUUUAUGUGACUUUAUGGAAGAGGGAAAAGAUUACUAUGAUUUACACAGUUAAAUCAAAGACAUUGUGUCCAGUCUGAGUGUAAAUUAUUAAGUUAUGUUCAAGUAUCACUUUGAUAACAUAACUAGUACUUAAUAUCUGUGGUUGUAGUUCUCUGCAGCAGUGUGUUUAGAUAAAUGUCAAACUUGCAAUGAACCCCAUCCUUUAAAAGAGUAUCCCUGGCUCUAAGAAAGUUCAUGUGAAACCCUGUUGUAACAUGAUCUGCAUUUUACUUCAGAUUUCAUUUGGUUUAGUCCCAGGCAGAUUCAGGUCAAUAAUCAUGUCCAUGAAUCUAAUAUACAGUAUUUAAGCAACUUUAUCAGACAAUGUCUGUGUUUGACACAGCACAUAUAUAAUAGGAUGUAGCAAUAGUUGGGACAAGAUCAUACAUUGGCAUGACUUACAGGAUAGCAGCAUUGAAAUGUCCACAUAUAGGUUUUAGAUUCAUAUGAAAUGAUUCGCUGCUGUAUUUAUGUGUAAAUACUGAACCCCAUUUGGAGCUAGCAUUUGUAACAGGAUCCAGUUCAAUGUGCAAUCCCUUUCUGUAUGAUUGUAUGAAAUGCUUAUUAAAAUAUCUCCUGAA